GAGAAUAUCUUUUCUGCCGUAAUUAUCCUAGGAAGGAAUAUGACUUUUCAUUUCCUAGACUGUUAAAGCUAAACUUGGAGAGCAGAGAUCAUGGAUUCUGUGAUCUCCUUCCGAUAUUAGUACUAAUUACUAUCUCUGAAAAGCACUUCUCAUCUUUGUGUGAUUUGAAGAAACUUCAAAGCUUUGCAUUCUCGGACCUCUGAGUUGCAGUUUGGAUUUCUUGGAAUAUGGGGAAGACAAUUCAGCUCUCUGGGUUCCCUGCUAAUGUUACUGCAGAGGCAGUUAAGAAAUUUCUGGAGGUUUACACUGGAAUUGGAACUGUUUAUGCUCUGAAAAUCAGGAUCCAGAAUCCAAGAUCAGAUGGGCGGACUUUCGCUUUUGCUAUUGUGCAAUUUACAUCUGCUGAAAGUGCUGAAAUGAUAACCUCCUUGGUUAAUCAGCGCCUGUAUUAUGGAACUACUUAUUUGAAGGUUUGGGAAGUGAAAAGUGAUAUAGUACCAAAGCCAAGGCCCUCAAUUCUCACUUUGGAGCAUACGAUAUUGCAUUUUGGUUGUCAGGUUUCAGGUGAUCAAUUCUCUGUUCUCUGGUCAGGGCAGAAUGUUAUGGUGAACUUUGGUUUUGAGCUGCGGAAGAUAUACUUCUUCUUGUCUCAUGGUGGAGUAGAAUAUAAGCUUGAACUCGCUUAUGAGGAUAUCUGGCAAAUCCAGCUUCGGUGUCCAAGUAGUCAAAAUAGAUGCAAGUUUCUUCUAAUUCAGGUGCUUGGAGUUCCUCUUAUCUAUGAGAAAGCUGUACACUCUUCAGUGCUUUCAUAUGAAGACCCUCUUUUAAACUAUUUUAUGGACGCUUCAAAUGAUCAGUGGGAUAGAGCAACAGAUUUCACUCCCUCAUGUUGUAUUGGGCAAUCUUCUGCCAUGUGCUUGGAACUUUCAUACAGCUGUGCACUUCUGGAUUUCAAAGAAUAUUUUGUCUACUAUAAAGAAGAUGAAGAUCAGUUCAUUUUGAAGAGUGGAUCAGCUUUCUCCCAUAAUUUGGAUCUAGUCCCCAUUGUUGGCCCUCCUGAUGUUCCAGAAUUGCAGGGAUUUCCAUAUGACAUUCUCUUUAAAGUGUGUUCAUUAGUUCAGAAUGGGUGCCUUGCGGGGCCAACACUUGAUGCCAAUUUUUUCAAGUUGGUUCAUCCUGCACACAAUCCAGUUAAGUACAUAGAGCAUGCCCUGGAGAAGCUGUAUCAUUUAAAAGACUGCUGCUAUGAACCUGUCAAGUGGCUCCAUGAGCAAUAUGGAAGAUACUGUAAAUCCAAACGUCUGCCUAAUUCUCCUUCUAUUUCCUUGGAUUCUGGCUUGGUAUAUGUUCGUAGGGUUCAAAUAACUCCUAGUAAAGUGUAUUUUUGUGGUCCGGAGGUUAAUGUUUCUAAUCGUGUGCUACGCAAAUACCCUAACUACAUUGAUAACUUUAUUCGUGUAUCUUUUGUUGAUGAGGAUUUGGAUAAAAUGCAUUCAACAGAUUUAUCUCCACGUACGUCUUCGGGCAGUGAAGAAAGACGUACUGGAAUUUAUAAAAGAAUACUUUCUACUUUAAGAAAUGGCAUAGUUAUUGGAGAAAAGAGAUUUGAUUUUCUUGCCUUUUCAUCGAGUCAGUUGCGUGAUAAUUCCGCAUGGAUGUUUGCAAAAACAGAUGAUGGGCUCACAGCAGCAAUGAUAAGGGAUUGGAUGGGUGAUUUUCGUGGGAUAAGAAAUGUGGCAAAGUAUGCUGCUAGAUUGGGUCAAUCUUUCAGUUCUUCCAAAGAAACUCUUAAUGUUGAUGAGGAUGAAGUUGAGAGUAUCCAUGACAUAGAGCUGGAAAGAGGGCAGAUGAAAUAUGUUUUCUCGGAUGGGAUUGGCAAAAUUUCUGAUGAUUUUGCUAGGAGAGUUGCAACAAAAUGUGGCAUAAAAAGUUCUUUUCCUUCUGCCUUUCAAAUAAGAUAUGGUGGCUACAAGGGUGUUGUGGCUGUAGAUCCUACAUCAACAAUGAAAUUAUCCUUGAGGAAGAGCAUGUGUAAGUAUGAGUCACAAAACACAAGCCUAGAUGUUCUGGCAUGGAGCAAGUAUCAACCUUGCUUCCUCAAUCGUCAGCUAAUCACUCUUUUGUCGACACUUGGUGUGAAAGAUCGUGUUUUUCAAGAGAGGCAAAAGCAGGCUGUAGAUGAACUGGAUGCUAUUCUAACUGAUUCAUUGAGGGCACAGGAAGCACUUGAGCUGAUGUCUCCAGGUGAAAACAGUAAUGUUCUCAGGGAAAUGUUGAUGUGUGGUUAUGAGCCUCAUGCUGAACCGUUCCUUUCGGUGAUGCUGCAAACAUUUCGGGCAGCAAAGCUGCACGAACUGCGGACAAAGACAAGGAUUUUUGUUCCAAAUGGAAGAUCAUUAAUGGGAUGUCUAGAUGAAACUGGAACUUUGGAAUAUGGGCAAGUAUUUGUUCAAGUUUCUAGUGUUGGACGCAUGUUUGGUGGAAGUGAAUCAGACCAGAAAAAAAGAAUUAUUGAGGGAAAUGUAGUUGUUGCUAAAAACCCAUGCUUGCAUCCUGGUGAUGUGCGUGUUUUGCAAGCCAUUGAUGUCCCAGCAUUGAACCAUAUGGUGGAUUGCGUUGUUUUCCCACAAAAAGGAGAAAGACCACACCCGAAUGAAUGUUCAGGAAGUGAUUUAGAUGGAGAUAUAUACUUCGUAAGUUGGGACCCUGCACUUAUUCCACCUCGUCAAAUCCAACCCAUGGAGUAUGUCCCAGCAAAAACUAUUUCAAUGGACCACGAUGUUACAAUUGAGCAAGUUGAGGAGUACUUCACAAACUACAUAGUGAAUGAAAGCCUUGGAAUCAUUGCAAAUGCUCACACAGUAUUUGCUGACAAGGAAGUAGAUGGGGCAGAAAGCGAUAAAUGUAUAAAGCUGGCAAGGCUUUUCUCAAUUGCUGUUGAUUUCCCAAAGACUGGUGUACCAGCUGAAAUUCCAGAUCAUCUACAUGUCAGGGAAUAUCCAGAUUUCAUGGGAAAGCCUGACAAGCCAACUUAUGAAUCUCAGAGAGUGAUUGGAAUACUGUACAGAGAUAUAAAAGACAAAUCAUCACACACAUCCUUCACAAAAUUUACUCUGGAGGUGGCAAUUAGAUCUUAUGACCCUGACAUGGAGUUUGGUGGCUUUGGGGAUUACAUUGAUGAUGCUUAUUAUUACAAGGGCGAGUAUGAUUCAAAGUUGGGAAACUUGAUGGAUUAUUAUGGGAUCAAAACAGAGGCAGAGAUCCUCAGUGGGAGUAUCAUGAAGUUGGCAAAAUCAUUCACAAAGAAACGGGAUGCAGAGGCAAUCGGAUUGGCAGUUAGGUCUUUAAAGAAGGAGGCAAGGAAAUGGUUUGAUGAUGGACUUGGGUCAGGCUCACCACCGGAGAAGGCAUAUGCUAAGGCAUCAGCUUGGUAUCAUGUAACUUAUCAUCCUGAUUACUGGGGAUUUUACAACGAGGGAAUGAAACGGGAUCAUUACCUGAGUUUUCCAUGGUGUGUCUAUGAUAAGUUGAUCAAGAUCAAGAAGGACAAAAGCAGUAUCACAAGGUCACUACAGGGUUUGAGGCUUGGUUGAAAACCAUGGUACCCUUCAUUAAAUUUUUAAUGUUGCUUAUUAUUCUGUAUGGUUGGAUUGGUAGAAACCAUUUAAGAGUGUAAAUAGGUAGAGGGCUUGAGUGAACUAUGCUGAAUGUGAUGUAAAUAGGAAGAAUAUUGUCUUUUAGUUGCUGAUAAUGCUAUAAAUAUAUGAAUCCAUAGUUUGCACCA